CCAGGCUGCCAGCUGGACAGCCUUACUGAUCACCCUGUAACAAGAGGGGGUUCAUGCAUUCCUCUCGUGAGGGGCCUGUUAUAGUUAUUCAGUAUGUUUCCACUGACUGAGGGAAACAAGCAUGUGGCCCAGCUGUUGUUUAGUUCUGGCACCUGUCCAAGAUGCAUCUUCCGAUUCUGUGGUGUGGAUCUUCCGGCGCCUUACAAACGCCCAACCAAGGAGUUGCUCAGUGAUCUACAAAAAUUUCUAGAACCAGAAAAACAUGAAUUAGUUUUGGAAGCUCCCAGCCCACCAUUGAAGAAAAUCCGUCUACAUGAAGAUGGGACUGAUAAUUUGAGUGACUAUGGAAAGGAGGGCGUCUCUGUUACAGAAGACGAAGGCAUGGCCUCGAAGAUGAGCGUGUGCAAUGUUUGCUUAGGAAUUCUUCAGGGAUUCUGUGAGAAGGGCUUUAUUACAGAGGUGUGCCAAAAGGUUGAAGCCUCUGGGUUUGAAUUCACCAGCGUGGUUUUAUCUGUCUCCUUCCCACCACAGCUGUCUGUGAGAGAGCAUGCUGCCUGGUUGCUGGUAAAACAGGAAAUGGGAAAGCAGAGUCUGUCCCUGGGAAGAAAUGAUGUAGUUCAGCUGAAAGAAGCCUACAAGUGGAUAGCUCACCCCCUGUUUUCAGAGGAGCUGGGAGUUCCCACUGAUGGAAAGAGCUUGUUCGAAGUGAGUGUGGUCUUUGCUCAUCCAGAAACAGUUGAAGAUUGCCAUUUCCUAGGUGAAGUUUGUCCAGAUUGUUUCAAACCAGCCAAAAACAAACAGUCAGUAUUCACCAGAAUGGCAGUUUUGAAAGCUUUGAAUAAGAUAAAAGAAGACGACUUCCUCACGCAAUUUCCUUGUCCUCCAAACUCACCGAAGACUGUAUGCACUGUCCUUGAAGUUGAAUGCACUCAUGGUGCUGUUUUUGUUGCUGGCAGAUACAAUAAAUACUCCAGGAAUCUCCCACAAACUCCUUGGAUAAUCGAUGGAGAAAGGAAGAUGGAAUCUUCAGUGGAAGAAUUAAUUUCAGAUCAUCUGCUGGCAGUGUUCAAAGCAGAGAGUUUUAAUUUUUCAUCCUCUGGACGGGAGGACGUAGAUGUGAGGACAUUAGGAAAUGGAAGGCCCUUUGCAGUUGAGCUGCUGAAUCCUCACCGAGUGCAUUUCACUUCGCAAGAAAUUAAGGAGUUGCAGCAGAAAAUUAAUAAAUCAUCUGACAAAAUCCAAGUUCGUGACUUGCAGCUUGUCACCAGAGAAGCAAUCGGGCAUAUGAAGGAAGGUGAGGAAGGAAAGACCAAGACCUACAGUGCCUUGAUCUGGACGAACAGAGCCAUCCAGAAGAAGGACAUUGGGUUCCUGGACGACCUAAAGGACUUGAAGAUUGACCAGAAAACACCUCUCCGAGUCCUUCACCGCAGGCCAUUGGCUGUGAGAACUCGGGCCAUUCACUCUAUGGAGACACACUACCUAGAUGAGCAUCAUUUUCGUCUGCACUUGAAGACCCAAGCUGGAACCUACAUUAAAGAAUUUGUACACGGAGACUUUGGGAGAACCAAGCCAAACAUUGGCUCUCUGAUGAAUGUGACUGCAGACAUUCUUGAGCUAGAUGUGGAGUCUGUAGAUGUUGACUGGCCGCCUGCUCUGGAUGACUAGCUCUCACAUUUGAACACAAAGGGUUCUCCUGACAUGAUGUGGACAUACAGGCGACAUAUCCUAGAAAAUGGCUGUUUACCCACCAUAACGGUGUCUUCAAAACCACUUGGAUCAUGUUGAUCUGUUCCUAAAGUUCACCAUAACAUCUCAGGAUCUAUGUGUAUGCAUAUUUUGUGUUGUAUUGUUCUAAGAAUGUCUUAUGUUUUCUCACUCCCUGUCUCAUGACCACAAGACCAAAAUAGGAGGAAUCAAACCAUUUUUCUUCUAAAUUCUGUUACUUAGAGAGGCAUACAGUAGGAGGCACUGUCAACUAGGAGAGCUGGGACUUCUAGCAUAAUCUCCCACAGGAGAUAAUACCUUUAAAGUAAUUUGCUAAAGCUUUCAGAUCAUCUGAAUAAAUGUUACAACUAGACUCAUGUAGAAGAGUGUCCUAUAGUACCCUAAUAUGUCAAAUGCAAAUCCAAUAUUAAUAUUUUCCCAGUUACCCUCAAUCAAGCUUCUAUUAUCAGUAGAAGUACUUUAAGGAAUGAUUUGUCAUAGCCCUUAUGACUUCAAGUUACUAGACAAUUGAAAAUUGUCAGUAUGUGUCUCCUGCAAAAGCAAGUGACACCUUAUCACUGGAGACAUACUCUAUGUCUUUUGUCUUUUAUGUAAGAGAAACAAGUGCCUUCAGUAACUUUUGUCCCAGAGUUACAAAUUUGAAAAUUCAAUAAUGCUAAACAAAUACAAACAUAUUCAGUGUUUCAAUUAUUUUCUAAUUUCAAAUGUUUUCUAAUUUCAAGUGGACUAUCUAACAUUAUAUCUAAUUACAUAAACAAGGAAACAAAAGUUAAAUGACACACUUAGUUACUCUGGUAACCAGGUCUAAAGAUAGUUAAUGGAACCUGGGAGUUUUGUCUCUUGGGUCCUUUGUAUAAACCUUGUCAGGAGCCCCUGCUGCUCCUGUGGGUGACUGUAACCCCAAGAAUGCCAGUUAGAUUUACAAAGCCAGGAGGCUGGCUUCUAGAACUUGGAUUUCAAGUAGUGCCCCCAAGAAAUGGCUAAUGUAUGUCUUAUAUGAUCUCAUAUAAUUGUCACAUGUAAUGGCAUGGUAAAGAGAAAUCUUAAACACUGAACCAGAAGAUGAUGAAUUCAUCAUUAAAAAUACCAGAAGGGAAGCUCAAUAAAAUUUAGAUUUAAGUAAAACUUUCAUCAGCUAGUGCAAGUGCAACUUCUUGACUUUUUUUGAUGCAUUGAUUUGUUUGAUUAUUCACGUUUCUUAUCUUUGCACACAAUUCACACCGACCUUUAAGAUGUAUUAUAUCAGGAAGAUGUUUUUGAUUGAGAUGAAAAGGGCAACCUGCGCCUUUGAAACUGUGUUUCAUCAUGUGUGAAUGAUAGCAAAGGGUUUUCAUUGUCAGAAAAUCGCAAAGGGGAUAACAGAACCUAAUCAAUAAAAAGUGAAAAGCUAAAGACUUUUAUGGAAUGUUUCUCAGCUUCUGAUGAGAUUUUGCUAUAAGA